CCUGCCCCUCCCUGCUCACACCCUCCCUCCCCACCUUCCUGCCCACCCAUUCGCCUCACCUCCAUCUGGGGUGGCAGGAAGGGAGGUGCUGGGCACCGGCCGUGAAGAGCCAACCCCCUGCUGCUCAGAGCGACUGCGGCCUGUACGGAGCGAGGCCUGGGACCACGCAGGUCUCAAGGCCAGGCCAUGAACGCCACUGAGGCCUGGAGCCCCAGCCCGGAUGUGGUGUCCUGGGACUACUCCGGGUCGGGCGCCCUGGAGGAGCUGGAGUUGUGCCCUUCCUGGGACCUGCCCUACGGCUACGCCUACAUCCCUGCGCUCUACCUGGCGGCUUUCGCAGUGGGCCUGGUGGGCAACACCUUCGUGGUGUGGCUGCUGGCCGGGCGGCGUGGGCCGCGGCGGCUGGUGGACACCUUCGUGCUGCACCUGGCCGCCGCGGACCUGGGCUUCGUGUUCACCCUGCCACUGUGGGCGGCGGCGGCGGCGCGCGGAGGCCACUGGCCCUUCGGCGAAGGCCUCUGCAAGCUCAGCAGCUUCGCGCUGGCCUGCACGCGCUGCGCAGGCGCGCUACUGCUGGCCGGCAUGAGCGUGGAUCGCUACCUGGCCGUGGUGAAGCUGCUUGAGGCGCGGCCGCUGCGCACCCCGCGCUGCGUGCUGGCUGCGUGCUGCAGCGUUUGGACCGUGGCGCUUCUGGCCGGCCUGCCCUCCCUGGUCUACCGAAGGUUGCAGCCCCUUCCCGCGGGCCCCGGCAGCCAGUGCGGGGAGGAGCCCUCCGACGUCUUCCAGGGCCUCAGCCUGCUGCUGCUGCUGCUCACCUUCGUGCUGCCCCUGGUCGUCACUCUCUUCUGCUACUGCCGAAUCACGAGCCGCCUGCGCAGGCAGCCACACGUGGGCCGGGCCCGGAGGAACUCGCUGCGCAUCAUCUUCGCCAUCGAGAGCACCUUCGUCGGCUCCUGGCUGCCUUUCAGCGCCCUGCGAGCCAUCUUCCACCUGGCGCGUCUGGGGGCACUGCCACUUCCCUGCCCUCUGCUGCUGGCGCUGCGCUGGGGUCUCACCAUCGCCACCUGCCUGGCUUUCGUCAACAGCUGCGCGAACCCGGUCAUCUACCUCCUGCUGGACCGCUCCUUCCGCGCCCAGCUGCCGCACGGGGCCUGCGGGAGGGCAGGUCGCCAAGUGCGCAGGAUCAGCUCGGCCUCCUCUCUCUCCAAGGAUGACAGCUCAGUGUUCUGGGGCCGUCCCCACACCCCGAACAUUGCCCCGGCCUCCUGGUAGCUUCUCCAGGCGAGCGGAGAUGGGCAGCAGCGGAGCACUGACUGCACAGGGGGCCAGACUCGGCUCUCCCGACAUGCCCGUUUUGGCCGCAGCAGGCUGCUCCAGCCACCACUGCCUCCUGAGCUGCCCGUCUCCUGCAUCAGCUUUCGCAGAACCUCAUAGGGGUGACCGAAUUCCUCCAAACCAGGCAGCUGAGGCCCGGUGUUCUUUCUGCCGGGUGGAAACCUGGGCUAAUUUUUUUCCAGUCCAAGAAAGGUCCCAUGAGAUUCAGUAGACAGCAACUUGGAGACCCACGGAUUUACCGGAGAGAAGGGAAGUGGGUUUCCUUCCCGGCCCAUUCAGAAUAGCAGUCACCAGAAUAUCUAGUGCUGACGCCCAGCUCUCUGGUCAUGUUUUCUCUGGUCCCCUAGAAUAGCCUUUGCCUUCUGAGAAAUUUCUUCUGCAAGUCAGACUGCCUGGCCCUCUCACUCUUAAAAAAAUAAAAAAUAAAUUAAAAAAUAAAUAAAAUUCUAAAGAACAUGAGAAUUGACAGCCCUUUUGUACUCUAUCAUCUUUAUGACUGUGUUGGCUGUAUCAUUAAUCAUCACCAAUUCAGAUUUUCAUCUUAAAAGCUUACCAAGGGCUGAGGUUAUAGCUCAGUGGUAGAGCACUUGCUUAGCAUGUGUGAGGCAUUAGGUUCGAUUCUCAGAA